GCUCUGCGGGAGGGGCGGGCCUAGCCCUGCAGGAGCUGCUAGCAACUUUUCCCAGCUCUCACUAGGCAGGGUGGGAGACCUCCCGACAGCUUCAGGCGUCUGCUUGCCGUCAUCUCUUUCGGAGCAGCGUGUUCCCUGCAAACUCAGAGCACUUCGCUUCCCCGGGCCUGACCCAGGAUGCGUGCAGAACAGGCGGGGGCUCUGCCUCUGUGGCUGCUGUUAGCGCUCAGUCAGGGUAUCUUAAAUUGUUGUUUGGCAUACAAUGUUGGUCUCCCAGAAGCAAAAAUAUUUUCCGGUCCUUCAAGUGAACAGUUUGGCUAUUCAGUGCAGCAGUUUAUAAAUCCAAAAGGCAACUGGUUACUGGUUGGUUCGCCUUGGAGUGGCUUUCCAGAGAACAGAAUGGGAGAUGUAUACAAAUGCCCUGUUGACCUGUCCACUGCUACAUGUGAAAAACUGAAUUUGCAAACUUCAACCAGCAUCCAAAAUGUGACUGAGGUGAAAACGAACAUGAGCCUCGGCUUGACCCUCACAAGGAAUAUGGGAACCGGAGGGUUUCUGACAUGUGGUCCUCUGUGGGCACAGCAGUGUGGCAGUCAGUAUUACACAACUGGUGUUUGCUCUGAUGUCAGUCCUGAUUUUCAGCACUUGGCCAGCUUUGCACCUGCAAUUCAGACCUGCCCUUCCUUUGUAGAUGUUGUGGUUGUGUGUGAUGAAUCAAACAGUAUUUAUCCUUGGGAUGCAGUAAAGAACUUUCUGGAAAAAUUCGUACAAGGUCUGGAUAUAGGCCCAAGAAAGACACAGGUUGCCUUAAUUCAGUAUGCCAAUGACCCAAGAGUUGUGUAUAACCUGAACACUUUUAAAACCAAAGAAGAACUGAUUCGAGCAACAUCGCAGACAUCCCAAUUUGGUGGGGACCUCACAAACACUUUCAAAGCAAUUCAAUUUGCAAGAACUUCCGCUUAUUCAGCAGCUUCUGGUGGUCGACCAGGGGCUACCAAAGUAAUGGUAGUUGUAACUGAUGGAGAAUCACAUGAUGGCUCAAUGUUGAAAUCUGUGAUUGAGCAAUGCAACAGCGACAAUAUACUGAGGUUUGGCAUAGCAGUUCUUGGAUACUUAAACAGAAAUGCGCUUGACACUAAAAAUUUAAUAAAAGAAAUCAAAGCAAUUGCUAGUAUUCCCACAGAAAGAUUCUUUUUCAAUGUAUCUGAUGAAGCAGCUCUACUAGAAAAAGCUGGGACACUGGGAGAACAUAUUUUCAGCAUCGAAGGUACUGUUCAAGGAGGAGAGAACAUCCAGUUGGAAAUGUCCCAAGUAGGAUUCAGCGCAGAUUACUCUCCUCAAAAUGAUAUUCUGAUGUUGGGUGCAGUGGGUGCUUUUGACUGGAGUGGGACUGUUGUCCAGGAGACUUCUCAUAGACACUCCAUCUUUCCUAAAGAAGCCUUUGACCAAAUUCUGCAAGAUAGAAAUCACAGUUCAUAUUUAGGUUACUCUGUGGCUGCAAUUUCUACUGAGAAAAGUGUCCGCUUUGUGGCUGGUGCUCCUCGGGCAAAUUAUACUGGCCAGAUUAUUCUAUACAGUCUUGAUGAGCAUAACAAUGUCACGAUUAUUCAGACUCACAGAGGGGAUCAGAUUGGCUCCUAUUUUGGUAGUGUGCUGUGUUCAGUUGAUGUGGAUAAAGACGCUGUUACAGAUGUGCUCUUGGUAGGUGCACCAACAUACAUGAAUGACCUCAAGAAAGAGGAAGGAAGAGUCUACUUGUUUACUAUUGCAAAGGGCAUUUUGAAUCAGCAUCAAUUUCUUGAAGGCCCUGAGGGCAUUGAAAACACUCGCUUUGGCUCAGCGAUAGCAGCUCUUUCAGACAUCAAUAUGGAUGGCUAUAAUGAUGUGAUCGUGGGCUCACCUUUAGAAAACCAGAAUUCCGGAGCUGUGUACAUUUACAAUGGUGAUCAGGAUACCAUUCGCACAAAGUAUUCCCAGAAAAUCUUGGGCUCUGAUAGAGCCUUUGGGAGUCAGCUCCAGUUCUUUGGGAGAUCCUUGGAUGGCUACAGAGAUUUAAAUGGGGAUUCCAUCACUGAUGUGUCCAUUGGUGCUUAUGGACAAGUGGUUCAACUCUGGUCCCAAAGUAUUGCUGAGGUGGCUGUAAAAGCUUCAUUCAGUCCAGAAAAAAUCAUUUUAUUCAACAAGAAUGCUCAGAUAGUCCUCCAACUCUGCUUCAGGGCGAAGUUUAGACCUACUAAUCAAAACAAUCAAGUGGCCAUUAUGUAUAACAUCACACUUGAUGCAGAUAGAUAUUCAUCUAGAGUAACCUCCAGGGGUUUAUUUCAAGAAAAUAAUGAGCGAUGCCUCCAGAAGAAUAUGGUAUUAAAUGCAGAAAACAGAUGUACUCAGUACAAGAUUCAUGUACAGAAACCCUCCGAUGUUGUCAACUCUUUGGAUCUGCGUGUAGACGUCAGUCUGGAAAACCCUGGCACUAGCCCUGCACUUGAAGCCUAUUCUGACACUAUCAAGGUCUUCAGCAUCCCUUUCUACAAAGACUGUGGUGGUGAUGGAAUUUGCAUCUCUGAUCUGGUUCUAGGUGUCCAACAGCUACCAGCUACUCAAGAACAGUCCUUUAUUGUCAGCAACCAAAACAAAAGGUUAACAUUUUCAGUCACACUGAAAAACAAAGGAGAAAGUGCAUACAACACUGCAAUUGUUGCUAAUUUCUCAGAAAACUUGUUUUUUGCUUCAUUCUCCAUGCCGAUUGAUGGAACAGAAGUAACAUGCCAGGUUGAUUCAUCUCAGAAGUCUGUUACCUGUGAUGUAGGCUAUCCUGCUUUAAAGAGUGAACAACAGGUGACUUUCACUCUUAACUUUGACUUCAAUCUUCAAAACCUUCAGAAUCAGGCAUCUUUCAGCUUCCGAGCAUUCAGUGAAAGUGAGGAGGCAAACAAGGCAGACAAUUCAGUCAACCUCAAAAUUCCUCUACUCUAUGAUGCUGAAAUUCACUUAACCAGAUCCACCAACAUAAAUUUUUACGAAGUUUCCUUGGAUGAGAAUGUUCCUUCUAUCGUGCACAAUUUUGAAGAUAUUGGUCCAAAAUUCAUCUUCUCUCUUAAGGUAACAACAGGACUUGUUCCAGUAAGCAUGGCAUCUGUAAUCAUCCGCAUCCCUCAGUACACCAAAGAAAAGAACCCACUCAUGUACCUGACCGAGGUACACAUGGACCAGGCUGGUGACAUCAGUUGUCAAGCAGAAAUAAAUCCACUGAAACUGGGUCAGACAUCUUCUUCAGUAUCUUUCAAGAGUGAAAACUUCUGGCACAUAAAAGAAUUGGACUGCAGAACUGCUUCCUGCAGUAAUGUCACCUGCUGGUUCAGAGAUCUUGACAUAAAAGGAGAAUACUUCAUUAAUAUGUCUACCAGAAUUUGGAACAGGACUUUUGCUGCAUCCACUUUCCAGACAGUACAGCUGACAGCAACUGCGGAAAUCAAUACCUAUAACCCUCAACUAUACGUGAUCGAAGAAAACACUGUCACGAUUCCUCUUAUGAUAAUGAAACCCAACGAGAAAGCUGAAGUACCAGUAGGAGUUAUAGUAGGAAGUAUAAUUGCUGGAAUUCUUUUGCUCUUAGCUCUGGUUUAUGUCUUAUGGAAGCUCGGCUUCUUCAAAAGAAAAUAUGAACAAAUGGUGAAAAAUCCAGAUGAGAUGGAUGAGACCACAGAACUCAACAGCUGAGCCACCUGGCAAACUCUACCUCAGUGGGAACUGUCAGCAUCCCGGCCAGGGUCUGCUAUUGUCACAAAUGGAUCUUUUUUUAAAGUCUAAGUUUUUAAAUAAUGUAAUAGGUAGAUUAGCCUGAUAUUUUAAGAGAAACUGCUGUCAGUUUCCAAUGAAGAAAUUGUGAGUGAGGAUUAGAAGUAAAAAGAACAAAAAACUUAUUUUUUACAGAGAAGAAAAAAAGUAAUCCUUAAACUGGCUGGUACAGUUUGCAUUGUAUUGUACUGUGUUGGAAACAUAAAAUGCUUCCAGGUAUGCAAGUCUUAAAUUUUGAGAGUGGGGAAUUCUUUCUUUAAAAUGAUUGAUUUAAACAGCAAAAACAAAAGAAUAUAUGUGAUAAUACUAUACAUUAAUAUAUAUCACAUAUAAUUAUGUAUAACAUAUACAUAUUGUUUUAUAAUAUGUAUCAUACUGUUUAUUUAUAAUACAAAUUAUAUUAUAUAAUGCAUAUUAUAUAUGAUAUGCAUUAUAUAUUAUGCUGGAUAUUUCCACAUAUAUAUAAAAUUAUUAUGAGCAAUGUUAACAAGAGUGGACAAAACUAGCACAGGUUGUUUUUCAGUUUAUGCUGUUCAUUCAAAGUUGCAACAGAGUGUACCUUUAAGUGAUUUUAUUUAUAAACUAGGUAAAAUUUGCUGUUGGUUCUUUUGCCCUCAGCUGCCUCUUCAGAUGCCUACCUUGCUAUAAUUGUCAAAACAUGAUUAAUAACUGGAAGCAGCUUAGAUAAUACCUCCUACUAAGAAUACUUCCUAUUAAAGAAAUCUCCACUUAAGUUGGAGAGGGGCAGUUUAGAAGCUAAGGAACAAAAUUUUACUUAUAACCCAUAGUAUAACCAAUAUAUGGUAAAAUCUGAUCCGCUAGAAUCCCGGAGAAGAAGAAAGGAACUUCCUUUAAUGGUGCACAGCAGGUCUCUUCUAGGACUUGAUUCGCUGGCUAGCAGAAAUUUGGUGAUUUUUUAAAAGAUGAGUGAAUUCUUUGCAACCUUUCUGCUCCCUUACUGAACCACUCUCUUACGGUCCUGGUGCUCGUGUGUGACAGAAGCCCCCAUAGCCUGCCUUCUUCUCCAGUGGUCCAGUUAUCUUCCUUCCUUUACCCUUCAUCCAAAUCUCCCACACCCUGGGAGGUGUUGGGAUGAAAAGCCACCUAAUUCACACACCUGUGUGGAUUACUAUAUUAAACUCUUUAUCUUCAGGAGGCUACUUUUGCUUAUUGCUAAAUAAGUAAAGACUAGGUGAAUGUCAAUGUUGGAAUUUCAGAAGGUAUAGACAGGAUAAAGUAAAAUAUCUCAGAAAUUUGUAAGAAAUUAUGGACGAGGCAUCUGAAACCAUGAAACUAGCAGGUGCAUCUUCUGUGCUUGUUUCUAGAAGACUGAAUUUCACCUGGGCAAGUUUGUUUAAAAGAUCAAUUCUUCUGCUCCAACUCCUGAGAUUAUUUGGUCAGAUUGGGAUGGGGCCCAUAAGUUGCAUUUUGACAAGUUGUAAGUAGACAGCAUUUUGAGGGACACACAAUUUCUUACUUCUUUUUCUCCAUUCCUGAGCCCACACAUUCUCUGGGGAUAACUCUGAGGAAAAGGGCAUGGGCAAGGGCAAUAAGGGUCAUUUCAUGCUGGACACUACGUACCUAAAGCUUUUUGGACAAGUCCUCAAGUUCUAUGCACUUCAGUGUCUUCAUUAUAAAAAUGGGGAAACGAGGUUGAAGCUCAGGAGGGAUGCUUUUAGUUUUAAAAGUUCACGAUCUGGAUUUCCUAUAGUACAAAUAGACAAAUCCUCCUAGAAUGUGACAGAGAAGAUAUCAGAAAACAGGAAUUUGCCCAUGUGUGUAUGGCUGGACCUGACUGUGGUGCUGGCCUGGCCCCUGAGGGACCACACAGAGCUAUCUGGAGAAAGCAAGACGAGAAAAAAGAACAAAAGAACUAGCCAUAAAAUCAGGAUUUAUAACAAAAACAGCGUGGUAUUUUCUCUAGUUAGGUGACCCAGAGCCCAAUUCUUUUAACAGCUGUGGAUUCAGUUUCAUUCCAACAAAAUUUUUAUUAGGAAAAAAAAAAAGGUGGAGAGACUAGUCAUUAUGUUGAUAAAAGAAUAUUUAAUAAACUGUGUAACUACUGCUAGUUUUUCAGUGUACUUUACCAAACACAUUUUAUUCUGCCUCACCUUCCUUAGAUUAAGUAGUAAACUCAGGUCACAUACUUCACGCAUUGUGCUUGAGAUCUCUAUCCUUGGCACAAUCUUCCUGUAUUACACUGUUUCCAUGGAGCAGUUGGAUUACUCCAGCUAAAGAGUUAGUCACUUAUUUCCUAAGCAUUUAUCACACUAGGGUUGGGUUUUCCAACUUUGGCAUUACUGCCAUUUUGGGUCAGGUGGCUUUCUUGGGGGAGUGGGUAGAAUGUUGUCUAACAGCAUCCCUGGCCUCUAUCUAAUGGAUGCCAGGUAACAUACUCUUCCUCAGUCGUGACAAUCAUAAAUACCUCCACACAUUACCAAAUGACUCCCAGCAGGAGUAUUUCUCAAGCACUUUUAAGCAAAGUCAAGUAUUUGUACAAAAAAAUUAAAGGGAGAGGGUAUACAUUUUUUCAAGUUAUGUGUCUUAUCCAACCACACUUUUGUUUUAAAAGUGAGUACAGGGCUUUAAACAUAUAAUUUCCAUUUCAUAAAUGGUAUACAGACAAGGUGUAUAGAAUAUGAUAUAAAUGUAUUGGUUGCUUCAGGCAUGGCUACCAUACAAGCCUUAAAAAAAUAGUGACAUAGCUUGAUGAAGACAUAGCACUGAGACUGAAAAUUUUGCAUUACUUAUUUUAGCAAAAAAUUAAUAAUUCUUAAUGUACUUUUUUCUAGCUAGCAGUCAUUUUCAUAAAAUAGUGAAAGUUAUUAACUGUGAAGAGCAAAGAAAAUUAAAGCCAAUUAUGUCAUGUAGUAACACUGAAAAUUAUUGUAAAAGGUGUAAUUUUUACUAUAUUUAUCCUGAUAAAACUAUCACCCAAUAUAUAAAAAUCUUAUAAAUUAAGACACCAUUAAAAGGCAGGAUUAAACUUAGGCUUCUGAUAUUAACUUCUUUGAUAUUUCAGUUAGUACACAUAAAAUAAUCAUAAACUUUUUAGGAUUAUGUCCUUCAUGUACAUAAAAUGGGCAUAACCAUUUUAAUCCAUUUGAAAGAUUAACUUAACUAUCUGGAGGUGAAAGAUAAAUAUGAGGGCAAAGUGUGAAACAAAUGAAAAUAUUAACUACUUAUAAUUUUAAAGAAUAAAAAUGUAGCCAUCAUGUAAAUAUAUAAUCACAUGUACUUGAUUUAUUUUAGAAGAUGAAGUCAUAAUAUAAAUGUAUAUAUAUUGCAAACUGUGUUAGAAACUAUGUAUUUUUUAAAAAAGAAAUUGUCUUGUUUCCUUCAUAAAUAAUGCACAGGUCUAUCAAAUUUGCUUUUUUUAUGUGUUUUGUCUCUUUUCCUCUCCAUUAAAACUAUAAAAAUGAAUGUAUCUAUGUCUGUAUAUCAAGUUGCACAACUCAUUUGAUUUCUAAGGAAUAAAAAUUAAUUUGGAAUAGU